AUGUCGACAGGACAGAGCGGUCAGCGGAAGCACCAGGAAACACCACAGCACAACCAAGUGUCCAAGAAGAAGCAACCGAACAGCAAAGCAACCCCCUCCCACGCCUUAUCCAAGCUACACGAAAUGCAACAGAAUUUAAACAGGCCUGUGUUAAAAUUAAAACAAGACGUUCCAACUCGUUGGAAUUCUACGUAUGACAUGUUGGAUCGGUUGCUUCGCAAUAAAGAGCCUGUUGUAUCAACUUUGGCACUUUUAGAAUCCGACCUGUCUCUGGAAUCGCAUGACUGGAUUGAAAUAGAUCAUGCAGUGAAGGUGUUGAAAGUGUUUUAUGAUGUAACAGUCGAAAUAUCCUCAGAGAAAAAUGUGUCACUAUCGAAAAUUGCAGUUCUCUCUAGAUUAAUGACACGAUAUGUUCGGCAGUACUUGGAUCGGGAAAAAUCGGUACCGGAGAAUAUUCAGAAGCUUUGUGAGCAAUUAAUUUCAGGGUUGGCGAAACGUUUUUCUCUCCUGGAAUCUAACGAAUUAGUUGCCCAGUCAAUAUUACUGGAUCCACGCUUUAAAAAGCAAGGUUUCGGAGAUGACGAUAAAUACCAAAGUGCAUACCAGUCACUAAUAAGAAAGAUCAGAAUGACAUCGAUUGAACCAAUGCCGGAGCCGAUGGAACUGACACAUACACAUGCUGCUAGCCCGGCAGUUGCUGCAAUCAUUGAGCUGGACAAAUAUGUAGCAGAGCUGCAUCUUCAAAGAAAAAACGAUCCCUUGCUUUGGUGGGAAGAAAGGAAGUCGGUCUAUCCCCGCCUGUAUCAAAUGGUACUGAAAAGGCUGUGCAUCCCGGCGACUUCAGUUCCCUGUGAACGGAUCUUCUCCAAAGCUGGGCAAAUUUGUAACGACAGACGAAGCCGACUUUCUUCCAGCAACAUGCAAAAAAUAAUUUUCGUUAAUCACAAUAUAAACUAA